UGUUGGUAAUCAUAAGGAGCAACUGACGCAAUGGUUGAUAUUAACUCAAAAUUUUUAUGUAUUUUUUAUUUGUUUCUCCUGGCAGUAACAGAUAUUACUUAUUCUAAACGCCAUGGUUCAAAAGAACAUAACUCUGGAAAUGGACAUGGAAAUGGACACGGACAUUCUCAUGCGCAUUUUGGACAGGGUCAUGUUCAUGAUCAGGAACAAGAUAGCAAAGGUCACAAUUCGAACGGUCAUGGUCAUGACCAGGACCCAGAUAGCAAAGGUCACAAUUCGAACGGUCAUGGGCAUGGCCAAAACAAUGGUCAUAAAGUCUCAAACCUCGGUCACCUACUAAAUAGCUACAAUGUGCCAUUAAACAAUAAUUUACCAAACCACCAAUUAACAAAACAGUCCAUUACUACAGAAAAAUCUGUUCAUCAACAAAAUACAAAUCACUUUGAAAGUUGGAAGGCUAAUUGGUGGAAUGAACAUUUAGAGAUAUGUGGAAAACAAGAAGUAGAACCACGAUUUUCGUUAAGCAGAAUAAUAGGAGGAAGAGAAGCUAUAAAAGGAAGCUGGCCGUGGAUGAUUUCCUUGUUCAACAACCUUCUCAGACAGCCAACUUGUGCAGCAGUAUUAAUAUCGGAACAAUGGGCAUUAACAGCAGGUCACUGUUUUUCAAGGAUGUUUGACAACGAAACGUUUAUAACUGCUAGAAUAGGCCUGCACAAUGCUUCUGCGUUUGCUGAAGAUACAAAUGAGCAAGCAUUUAAGAUCAUCAAAGUUAUAAAACACCAAGGAAUUGAAGCCAGUACUGUACCUUUUAAUAAUGAUAUUGCUUUACUCAAACUUGACCGGACUGUAACAUACAGUUCUGCUGUUCGACCGGUGUGUCUACCAGAUAAUACAAACAUAGACCAAACAGUAUGUGCUAUCAGUGGAUGGGGACGCUACAGAGAACCAAAAAAGACACCCGAUCCAGAUGCUUGGCCUCAAAUUUUACAACAAACCCGUGUUCCAAUACUUCCACAGGAGAUAUGUAUGUCAAACUAUAAAAAUAAAGUCACAGACAAUAUGUUUUGUGCCGGAUAUGAACAGGGAGGUGUCGACGCAUGUCAAGGUGACAGUGGUGGGCCCUUACAAUGUCAGGAAGAUGGACGCUGGUGCUUGAGAGGAAUAAUAAGUUGGGGAGGAAUAACUUACACAGAAUGCGCACAACCACUUCAACCAGGAGUUUACACAAAGGUAUACAACUACGUUGAUUGGAUAUUGCAAAAUAUAUUCGAAAACACGUGAUCCAAAACAAAAAGAAACAAUUUUAACGAACAAUUUGAUGGGACAGUUGUUUUAGACGAAAGAGGACUAAUCUAGCUCUUGAUUAUAAGUAUAGGACUUAAAGAAUUGUUUUCAUUAGAACUUUGUUUUAAAGAUUAUUAUACGGUAUUUU